UAGGAAUUGACAACACGCGUCACGCACAGCUGGCCAACAUUGUGUAUACAUAAACUGCGAUUGACUACACUGCAGGACAUGGAUCCCCAUCCGUCUCACCCUUUUGUAACUCUCUCGGCUGCAAUCGGAAAGACAAUGCCGAAGAAGGGGAUUUGGCUCAUGAGUUGUCUCCUUACCUAUGGAUGAGACAAACCCCCGCAGCACUCUUGCCAUCUUCGGAUCCUGUAGGCACAAAACGCCGGACAUAAACGUCCUGAGCCGGGAUGGACUACUGCUUCUAUUUGACCAGUGAGCUGAGUUUAUCGAUGAUUGGUGCUAACAUAUCCACGGCUUGCAGAGGGUCGACAGACACCUAAACACCAAAGAAGGGCAAUGUACCCGUGUUGCAGUCGUCUGUCCGCAGGCUGUAUCACCUUGUCUUGAAUGAGCGCCAACACGUUCUGCGUUGACGGUGUGCGACUGCGGAAGUACUGCGUUAACGCUAAGAUACACACAAACAAAAGAGAGCAACCAUAGCGUGGCCUUGACUUAUGCCAACGGUCUCGAGCUUACCAUCAGCUUGUGUCUCGGUGUCAGCUGCUCGACUGCUCCGCGCCCCCCCGUUCUCAACAAUGAAUCGCCGCACAACGUCCUCACCCUUGUGGGCUUGUGUGGCUCCAUCGGAAAGGUACCCCAGGUACAAAUUGCCGUUCGACGGAGACGCGCGAUCGACGCUGACGCCGUACGCUGGGGCCGCUUUUGUCCUGUCAUCGCUUGCAAAGGGGCUCUUUGACGGAAGAGCCUCCAGAAUGCUCAUACUGACAUGCAGCCGGAAAGAAAAGGAGAGGGGAGUUUGUGUUUCUGUGUCUUUCUGUGCUAACGCCUGAGCCGCCUUUCCCUCGUCUCCAUUAAUGUGUUGCGGGGGGACUCCGUUGACGGAGUCCUCCAUCUGCUGCGCCAUCAUCGACAGCUUGCCAAACGUCUCUUCGUCCAGAGAUCUGGAGACGCAAAGAGAAUGGCGAAGAGUACUUGGAUGUGUGACAACUGUGUACCUGAGGCGGUCUAAGAUCGGCCGCAAUUUGAUAAGUUUGUCCUCCGUGUCCUCACUAGGUAAAAGUUGAAGCAGCACAGCCAUGCACAGGACAGAGAUAAUUGGUACAACACAUUCUUUUUUGUCCUCCUCUUCUACCGUGCGGGAAGCUCUUUUGAGCGGUCUGCAGCAAGACAUCGGCGGCCUGGCUCUUGGCAUGGCGCAAUUCGGUGGAGAGCUGCACAUGACUGCCCGAAACACCGGCCAGGGCCUUUUGAAUCGAAUUGAAUGCUGACAUGUCCUGAACAGACAGACGAGACACGUGAAGAAAGCUGGCAUUCCUUUCCUGCUUUGCCGACGAGGCUUGAGAGUUCUGUUAGAACUGGCGUCAGCUCUGCCAUCAGGGAGGCGGUGUCCAUAGGCUUUUCACUGCUCUCUUGCAAGAGGGAUGGUCUGACACCCCGCGCGUCUUCUUUUCUCCCUUUCUUGGUCAGGACCGAAGCAAGGCCAGACUUGCCAAGCAGCCCCUGGACACACACAGGCAGCCGGAAGUACACAGCACAACUGUACGAGAACGGUUGGUGUACCUUGACGAUCGAGUAGGCGGCCGGGUUGGCUGCCUUGAGUGCUGCCAGUGGGUCUGCCCCUCCAUGUGCGCGAUGGGAAUUGAUUUGCAGCAAGAGAUUGCCGAAGAAGGAGGCCCUUAGCAGGCGCUUCACGGUGGCAUAUAGACCUGAGAACAAAAAGGGGAUAAAGGCGCUGGAUAAGUUGGUGUGGUUUGGUCGCGACGACGUGCCUUCGACGGUGGACGGCGGCUCCUGGUGUGAGAGGCGAAUGGCCAUCGAUCGCUGAAGAAAGGAGCGGGCCUGACACACACCGACGCAUUGGAGAGAGGCGAAUGCCCAGAGCGAACGGCUGUACCUUUCCGCUUGGAUUUUUCUGAUGUGCCCACAUGUUGGCCAGCAGUUUUGCGACGAGGGCAUAUGCCGCAGGGUCCGUGCGCUGCAACAAAGCGGGGCCAGAUCAUGAGAACGGCAUCAGGUGCAAUUGCCUUGCCUUCAGCGGUGCAAGCUCCUCCAGAUUCGGGACGUUCACCGAUGAAAUAUUCGCGCCCAUCUACAGUGAGACGCAUCGAAGACAUGAGAUGGCAACACGUAGUGGCAGUACCGAUGGCGCCCCUGACCUGCAGGAGAAUAUUAGGCCGGUGCCUGGAUAAGUUGAGACCCAGUUGAGACUUCAUCAGCAGCGCCUAAAUUAACAUGUCAGCUUGAUAUUCCCAAGACGUGUCUCUGUGCGUGUGUGUGGGCGUACUUUGACUAUGGCAUAGGCAGCAGGAUUAGCCUGCUGCAAAGGGGCGAGGGGAUCCGUCGGGUCAAUGACGACACUGCAGAAGGCGGCAGGAACUGUUACGUGUCAGCAACUGUGUGCACGUCUGCUUCUACCCUUUUCGUUGUAAAAAUGCCGGAGGGCUGAGGAGCUUGCCCAGUGCGCUGUUCCGCAGGAUUCUUUCAACCAAUGCGUACGCCUGAGGGUCGUGGGCCUUGAGAGGCGACAAUGGGUCGGCCGUCACUGGAAGAUGGAAGCAGCGACUUAAAUGAGGGUGAAAUGCCCGUAUUUUUGUUCGCCUUACACUGCAAGAGGCUCUGAUACUUGAUCCUAUCGGCUGACAUCCAGAAGAAAACGACGAAGGAAGUCAUCCUGCGAGGCGCUGAUCACAUUUGUGUGUACCAUAGAUAGUUGCCACGUGGGAUUUGGAGCUUUUUAAUGCGGCAAUGAGGGCGUCGAAGGCUUUCGGGUCCACCAAGCGGAUGGCUGCCAUCGGAUCGUCCGUGACUGCAAAGGCAGAAGGGACAUCCAGCACACGUAACCGGGAAGCCGACGUGUGUUACUUUGCAGGAACGACAGAUCAUCGUGUUCGACGCCGUGCCUCUUUGCAAUGGGGUCGAAUCCCAUCUCCUGCUUCAGCAGAAGGGAGUGAACGAUAGAGUAGGCGGACGGGUUCUCCUGAGGACCCGCGAACAAACAAGAUACCAUUGAAUGCAGUAAAAGACACACUUGCACUCACCCGCCUCAGCUCGGCAAGAGGGUCGCCUGUGGCUUCAUCGUGGUCGGCCUCUUGGAUGAAAGCGGUCUCGAUCUGGCCUUUGCGUUCGUGGCUGUCAUUGUAGAGGAGCCCCAGAUCAGACUUCGCGAGCAGCGCCUUGACGAGCUGGUAUGCCGCAGGAUUCGCCUGACACAAUGAAAGCAGCAAAAAGUAAGGCCAAUGUUGUGUGUUCGGCUGAGAUCUACUUUUCUGAGAGGCUCAACAGGGUCCGCUGACGCCUCUGUUGCACCGCAGAGAUGACACCAACAACCUACAACAACCACGCCAAACAGGCGUGCAGUGGCAAAAGAUCUGCAAGAUCUGCAGGGGAGUGCAAGUUUCUCUUCCUGCAGCCGUACCAGGCCAACAAAACGCAUCGUCAUCUGGC